AUGGCUGGUAAUAUGAGUACUGCACGACAAUAUCCUAAAUCGUCCGUAUUAUCCAAUGGAAAAGUAUUAAUUACUGGUGGAUAUACUAAUGGUGAUACCUAUCUAAACAGUGCUGAGUUGUAUGAUCCUGCAACAGGAACUUGGACAGUUACUGGUAAUAUGAGUACUGGGCGAUGGGAACACGGCUCAUCCCUGUUACAGAACGGAAAAGUUUUAGUAAAUGGUGGAUGGAAUGGUAAUAACUAUCUAAAUAGUGCUGAGUUGUAUGAUCCAGCAACGGGAACCUGGACAACUGCUUCUAGUAUGAAUAUUGCACGAUCCCAGCAUACAUCGACCGUAUUAUCUACUGGAAAUGUUUUAGUUAGUGGUGGACGGAAUAGUAAUAUCUAUCUAAAUAGUGCAGAGCUGUACGAUCCUGCAACGGGAACUUGGACAACUAUUGAGACGAUGCACAUCGCACGAAUAAAACAUGCAGCAUCCGUGUUAUCAAAUGGAAAGGUAUUAGUAAGUGGUGGACAUCAUAAAAAUAUUGGCUAUCUAAAUAGUGCUGAGUUAUAUGAUCCUAAAACACAAAAGUGGACAAAUGCUGGCAAUAUGAUGACUGCCCGAGAAGAUCAUACAUCGUCCCUAUUAUCCGAUGGAAAAGUAUUAAUUACUGGUGGAUAUACUAAUGGGGAUACCUAUCUAAACAGUGCUGAGUUGUAUGAUCCUGCAACAGGAACUUGGACAGUUACUGGUAAUAUGAAUACUGGGCGAUGGGGGCACGGCACAUCCGUGUUACUGAACGGAAAAGUUUUAGUAAAUGGUGGACGGACUGGUAAUAUCUAUCUAAAUAGUGCUGAGUUGUAUGAUCCAGCAACGGGAACUUGGGCAACUGGUCCUAGUAUGAAUAUUGCACGAUCUGAGCAUAUAUCAACCAUAUUAUCCACUGGCAAUGUUUUAGUUAGUGGUGGAUAUGUUGGUACUGGGUAUAUAAAUAGUGCAGAGUUGUAUGUUUAUGAAAUCGAAACCUCUUAA